AAAAAAAAAUUAAGGUUGAUCCCUCUCUCUAUUUUAACGUAGAGAAAGAAGUGAAUUUUUUCGGUUCUGCGAAAAUCUGAUUUCUCUUUAAGGUUCAGAGGCUUUCAUUGUUAGAUUCAGAGGGUUUCAUUAUUGUUUUAAUGGAGAAGGGAAAAGGGCUCCCUCGUCGAUGGGCCAUCGAUCUCGUAGAUACCUCAUCACAGUCCUCACGAGACGUUCCAGAUCCCCUUGGAUUCAGUCGAGCUUCUCUUGAAUCGGAUGAAGCAUCUGGAAGUCGUCAGAAGAAGGAAGCUGAAGCAGCAUGGAAGUUACAGAAAGCAUGGGAAGUGGCCCAAGCUCCAUUUAAGAAUUUGUUCAUGAUGGCUUUCAUGAUGUGGAUGGCCGGUAGCACAGUGCACUUGUUCAGUAUUGGCAUCACAUUCUCUGCUCUUUGGCAGCCCAUAAGUGCCCUUCAGGGUGUGGGAAAGGUGUUUGAGCCAUACAAGGACUCUAGAAUUGACAUUCUUGCUCCUAAGUUGCUAUUCAUAGCUCUGAAUCUCGCUGGGCUGGCCCUUGGGGUCUGGAAGUUGAACACGUUGGGCCUACUUCCGACGCAUGCUUCUGACUGGGUCUCUACGCUACCUCCAGCUCAGGAGGUUGAAUUUUCGGGUGGUGGUCGUCCUUUUUAACUGAGGUACACAUUGGAAAAAGAUUGGCAUUGAAGAAAGAGCUUCAAUAUUUCGACAAGCGAGUGACAUCAGAUGAGUUCGAAUCUAAUGCUUUCUUUAGCCAAGAGCAAUGACGGUUUGUAUGACCUUACGGAAGCUUAACUGAGAAAUGCAUACAUGUAAUACUGGCUUUGGGAAUAUGUUAUCUUGCACCAGUGAUUGCUUAAAACAGUAAUAGCGUGCUUGCUCUAUGAGAAUUUUGGUGGCCCAUGCUCGAGUCUUUGCGGUGGUUUUAACCCACAUUUAUAACUUUUGAGUUCUUUCUUGCUUCUGGUGCCCUCAUGUUGACAGGCAGUUGUAAUUUUUUUUUAUUUUUCAAUUAAUGGUUCAUGGAGGUUAAGUGGCAAUGAACAAUGUAGUUUUUCUACAUAAAAUUUGUGUAUUUAGUUUUUA